UUAAGAGCAGCCUUUGAAGGCAGAAGACAAUCGUCAGAAAGCUUGAAAAGCAAGCUGGUAUACAAAUUUGGAGAUUACUGGUAUCUAAAACCUGCAGAGAAAUGGAGAGGGCUGAUGCUUUGAAGUUUGGGGUAAAAGGCAUCUGUGCAGUUGGGUUACUGCCAGUCAGUGGAUAUUAAAACACUGUAGUACUACAGGGCUGAGUUUGGGGUGGUGUUAUAUCUCAGUGGAUAUACAGUAUGAUGAAUGACUAAAAAUAUCACAAAGGGAUUGAGAUCAGCAUGGAUUUACCUACUGUUAACCAGGCUGUGGGAGGCAGGGGUGGGGGUGAAAGCUAAAACUACCUUUAGAGAAUGUAAACUAAACGGACAGUCAACGUUGUUAUAAUAUGUGUGCGUGUGUAAAAUGUAUUGUGGGGCACUGCAGUUUAUUAACAUGCAGAACAAAUGGCAGCCCUAAUCUGCUUGAAAAGAGAGGAAGGGAGAAUUUAGAAAACACAUUCAGAUUUUCGCUUAUUCAGCAACUGACCUUUGAUCUGACAGCAUACUGUAGGUCUACAGCAUCAGGUAGGAAUCUAUUGCAAACACACUUCUGUUAAGCUCCAGACUAGUUGGACUUGCUGUUUGUCAUUUCAUUAUAAUCAUAUUGGGCCUGGUCUUCUGCACCAAAAGCGAGAUUCUAACUGCUUGAGCUGUAAAUCCAGACCAAGAGAAAUUCUUACAAGAGGAUCGACCAGCUCCUGUCUGUAGCCGUGAUGUGGGGGUCGGUGAUAUUCCUACUGCUGUGUCUGCUUCUGUUCAUUGCAAUUCUCCUACUGAGCUGUUUCCGGGACAGGACCACAGCAGCUCUGGGACACCUGGCCUGGAGGAUCCGGCGUCGAUUGCGCUUCUGGUUGUAUCUGCCCCAGGGUGGGUCCGAGAGACCACAGCUGAUCUGCAAGCCCUCCACCCUGGCUCACUACCUACUACAACACUGCGGCUCUUUGGGCAGGCCCUGUACCCCAGAUUGGCCCUGGCUGGACCCCCAUUUACAGACCCUGUGCAGCCUAGUUUGGCCUUUAGCAGACAAUGAAAUAGAUUUCGCCCGGGAUCACCUGCAGCUGCGGGACGGGGGGAUAGUGGCCCUGGACUGGGCCGUGGGGGUCACGAUACGGAACUGGAAAGCCACAGGACCUUCCUCAUCCUCCUCUCCACCUGUGCUGAUCAUAAUCCCCAACUCGUGGGGCAGGCUGACCCCGCAUGUGCUCGGGCUGUGCAGGCUGGCUCUGGAGCAGGGGUUCUACCCAGUGGUCUUCCACAGACGAGGGCAGGGGGGCUGCCCCCUGGUCACCCAGAGUGUGCAGCAGUUUGGGGACCCCUCUGACCUGAUGGAAGCUGUCUCCUACAUCCGGUUCCGUCACCCCUCCGCGGCGCUGCUGGCUGUGAGUGAGGGCUCGGGCUCAGGGCUGCUCCUGUCCUACCUGGGCGAGUGCGGUUCCUCCUCCUACCUCACCUGUGCCGCCUGCAUCUCACCUGUGUUCAGAGGGCAGCAGUGGUUUGAGUCUCCCCUGCCCUGGCUGUACAGGUGGGCUCUGCUGCUCUACCAGAAACUCAACCUGUGCAGAUACUCCACGGCUCUCAGUGAGGUGAUGGACACACACCGGCUGUUCAGCUGCACCUCCCUGCAGCAGUUCGAGGAGCUCCAGUUCUGUACUGGCGGCACUGGAAAGCAGUCCUCGCUGAACUGGGAGUCUUACUGGGAGCGGAACGAGCCCCUUCGGGACGCAGAUGAGGUGGCGGUGCCGGUUCUGUGCCUGUGCAGCUGGGAUGACCCAAUCCGAGGAGACCCCAGAACCACGCUGCCUCUGGAGCUGUUCGAGACCAGCCCCUUCUUCCUGCUGGCACUGACACACUGGGGAGGGCACUGCGGGUUUCAGAAAGAGUCCGGCCACGGGGACAGCGGUACCCACUUCUGGAGCCAAGCGGUACUGAUGGAGUACUUCCGGGUGGUAGCGGAAUUCUUCCGGGCUGAGGAGAGGCGGAGCCAGGGUAGAGGCCCACCUCCUCGCAGGAGAACAAGCACGCUGUUGCCACGAAGGCGAAGAGGCACCCUGCAGAGAGAUCCACCAGCCACAGAUGACAUCUUCAACUGGCACAGAUCUUACACACGCUGACCCAGGGACGUGGCUGCCCAGCAACAAUUAAUGCUACUGUAAUAAUCUACCAGCUUCUCUUUGAUGACCAUACACCCAUUUACAACUGGAUGAUUUCAGUUAAAACAAAAAAUAUUCGAAGGGUGGUUCUGGAAAUCACCUGGCCACUAUGCACUACUGCUGGCUGCUGUGGGGAAAAAAACCCCCAAAAAACCCCCCCAAAAAAACCUCACUCAACCAAAUCUAAAGCAUGCAUCUUAAAGCAUGUACUGUUACUUACCGGUGCCCUUUUUGGCUAUGUGCUGGAGUUUCUAGAUUCCUGUUACCCAUCAUUUGGUGCCUCUAUCUGGUGCAUUUUACUGCUCUGCAAGAAUGUUUUGUUUCCCCCCCCCCCACCCCACCCCACCCCACAUCAGCUCAAAGGGGUUAAGGGUCUCGGAGUUAGAUUUCUUUCUGUGUAAUAUCGUGUAACUCUACUAGUGCUGCUGUCCUGAACAAACAAACCUCUGGUCACUCGUGAGUGGAAUGAACUUGUACCAGGGUUUGCUCAACUAGUAUAUAAAAUAAAAAAUAAAAAAAUUGAUUAACUAUCACCACUCAAAUCUGCACACCCGUAAACUGAUCUGACCCUUAUUUAUUUUUCAGUUCAAGACAAUGAGAUUAUUUAAAAUUACACAUUCUAGGAAAUUAUUUCUGUGAAGUUACUUAGACCUGACAAACCUUAUCAGUUUUUUUUUUUUUUUUUUUUUUAAAUAAAAUGUAAAACGUUUGUAGAGACUACAUUUGCUGGCAUCGUAUUUUUCACUUCAAAAUGCUUUGAAGUGCACAAACAUGAACUUUGCACCAUGGAGUAACACAUGCUAAAACAAACCUCCAGUUUACACAGAAGCAACAACAAAAAAAAAAGGCUUAGCCUCUCUUUCCUGAUUUUAAACACAUACCCUAAAUGAAGGCACAGUCCACAGCUUGUACUAAAAUUACUUUAUUACAGUUGAUUUUUUGUCCAGUAUCCCCUCGUAAAUGAUACAAAGGAUAAUUACAAACAAAAUAUUACAUGACCCUAAAGAAGUUGUUUUUCUUUCUGACACUUCACAAUCUAUACAAUUAAUACAGGUUAUAUAUGAAUUGUAAUGCAUGUUGAGCCAGGAGAAUCGCAGAAUACUGACAAAUACGCUGUGCAGAACCCCCACACCGGUGCAGAAGUGGGGUGUGGAGUCAGAGGGAGGCACACAGCUGGCACAGGGGGCCUCAGCUUUAGGGAUGGCAAUUGAUGUGGCAUUCCAAGUUGGUCAUAGCAAACAAACUCGUGGUAUAUUUUUUAAAACCUGAAUCUGGACCAGUAUGGCACAAUGUGUAAUGGGAACCAGGCAGCAGAUCUAACUGGGAAUGAUGGGAUAUUCUAGAAAUCUGAAACACUCAAGGACUAGGUUUAAAUGUGUUUGGCCAGUCUUACUGGAAAGUGGGUUUAAGUAAAUUCUGUCUUUGCCACUGUGACAGCAGCAGAAAAGAAUAAAAUCAUAAAUAAAACUUUAUAUAGUUAUUAAAAUAAUUUAAUAUGUACAUGCAAUACUGGUUUGUUUACCCCAUACAAGACAUUAGACUCAAAUUAGGCUCCGAAACCUGAAAAUAGAUUUAUUUAUAAAUUAUUCCCUGCAUCUCUCUGCCUGCCUCAGAAUCAUAAAACUGCUUCAGUGAGAAUGGUCACACAAGCCUGGUUAAAAAAAGAAAAAUCAUCAUAUCCUUUGUGGCAGGCCAGGUCAGUACACAGGUACACCUGGAACUAAAGAUUUUUUAUAUGCGUAUUACACACUGGGGAAGGAUAUAAUGGGAGAACACAAUUACAUCUAUGAGAUUUUAAACGGAAAAGGAGAAGGAUACCUUCUCAAUAUACAGUAGCAGACUGUACAUUUUAAGCAACAGUAUAUCAAACUGGUCAUUUGAAUGGAAAACAAACGGCUGCCUCAAGAGGCAUGAAGUAAAUCAGUCAUUAAGCUGAGGAAUCUGAACUGUAUUUUAAAAUCAAAAACAGCCGGGUGGUUUUGGCAAGCCCUUAAUUCCGAUUGGCAGGGCCCCCUUCUUUAAACUUUAACCUUUGUGCCACACUCUGACUCCCCCGACACACUCUCUGGUGAGGGGAAAGAUGUUUCAAUUUUUUUCCUCUCAACUGGAAAUAAAAAUAAUAAUAAAAAACUAGAGCAACGCCAAGAAAUAGGCAGUUAAAACAUUCUUUUG